AUGGGUUAUCCGGACACAUUCGAAGGUUUUUGUGUUGAGACGCCAAAGAAAUGGAGCGAGUUCAAGAAACAUGAAUUGACACCCAAGCCAUUUGGGCCCAAGGACAUUGAUGUUCAAAUUGAGGCAUGUGGUGUCUGCGGCUCAGAUGUACACACAAUUACGGGCGGUUGGGGCCCAGAAUUCAGCAUCACGCCGCUUUGUGUCGGCCACGAGGUCGUCGGUAAAGCGGUCAAGGUCGGCAAGGACGUAAAGGAUAUCAAGGAGGGCGAUCGAGUCGGCGUCGGCGCUCAAGUGUGGUCGUGCCUUGAAUGUCCGCAAUGCAAAAGCGGCAAUGAAAACUACUGUCCCAAGCUCGUUGACACGUACAAUGCCAAAUAUGAAGAUGGCAGUGAAGCGCAUGGCGGAUACGCGAGCCACAUUCGCGCACACGAGUAUUUCACCUUCAAGAUUCCAGACGAGCUGCCCUCGGAUGCCGCUGCACCGCUUCUCUGCGCCGGACUCACCACUUACUCGCCACUGGUCAGAGCAGGCGUUGGCCCGGGAAAGAAGGUCGCGGUAUGCGGCAUCGGUGGACUUGGUCAUCUUGGCCUGCAAUGGAGCAUCGCCCUCGGCGCAGAGACGUAUGCACUGACGCAUUCGGAUCACAAGGUGGAUGACAUCAAGAAGAUCGGCGCCAAAGAGGCCAUCGUGACGGGCAAGGAGAACUGGGCCGAGCCGUGGGCAUUCACCUUUGAUUUUAUCCUGAACUGUUCGGAUAUGACCAACGAGUUCGACCUCAAGACAUAUCUAUCAACACUGAAGGUCGGUGGCCAGUUCCACAUGGUCGGUCUCCCGGAUAAGCCGUUGCCCGAGCUGCAGGCCUUUGCCUUCACAAGCAAUGCUGCCAAGUUGACGGGAAGCCACAUCGGCAACCACCAGGAGAUGGAUGAUCUGCUGAAGCUCGCCGCGGAGAAGGGUGUCAGGCCGUGGAUUGAGACGAUUGAUAUCUCUGAGGCUGGCUGCAAGGAGGCAGUGGAACGUGUCAAGGAGAAUAAAGUUCACUACAGGUUUACCUUGACUGGGUUCGAUAAAGCGUUCGGGACCAAGAACACUUACUAG